AUGGAAAGUGAUACACCGAAUAUUACAGUAGGAGUUGCAAGAACAUCAGUAUUGGUUGCAGGUGGUAGAACUUUGGCAACCAAUUCUUUCAUUAAAGAACAAUUGAAGAUCUCUGAGAAGCUCGACGAAUCAUUGAUUCCAUACUAUGAGAAUAUCUACAAGAAAGAACCAUGGUCUUCAAAUGUACUGGAUGAGAAAGUGGUAACUUUCGAUCCGUAUGCUUAUUUCUUUUGUUGUACAAAAGAAUCAACUGAAAUUCUCUUGGAUCAGUUUGAACAAUUUGUAAAUAUGAUUCCAACCCAAUUUCUUAGAAAUCAGUUUAUAAAUUCUCUUUUUUCAAAGAAAGGCUUACAUAUUUCUUCUGUAGAAGAAUCAAAGAAAUACCUAAAAGAAAACUGUACUCCAAUUCAAAGUUUUAGUUUAGCUUAUUCGGAUUUAUUUACUAUAGCUCUUGCACUCAGAAAUAAAUUCAUAGAUGACUUUAUUCUGAACAACAUGAAAGAUCCUUCAACUCAACAAUAUGUAAUCUUGGGAGCAGGUCUUGAUACACGUGCUCUAAGAAUGCCAUUUGCAGAAGGUUCAACCGUUUGGGAAGUUGAUUUCCCACACACUUUCCAAUUCAAAGAGAUGGUUAUGAAUGAAGCGGUCAAAGUGAUUCCACCAAUUUCCAAAGCAAAGCUUCAUCGUGUAGGAAGCAAUGUCUUGGAAACCAAACAAUGGAUUUCAAGUCUUGAAGAAACUGGAUUCGAUAAGAUUAAAAAGACUGUCUGGAUUUUGGAAGGUCUUGCCAUGUAUUUGACUGACGAAGAAAUCGCCAUGCUGUGUCAAGCGAUAUCGUCAAUCUCUGCCAGUGGAUCAUCAAUGUUGAUUCAAACAUUGUGUAUAAAAAAAGGAAUCAUGAGCAGAAUAAUAUCAUCAUUAUUACCAUUGCCAUUGAAAGAUGAGUACAAAUCUUUAACUGACAAACCAAGUGAUUAUAUUAGUAAAUGUGGAUUUACCAACAACAUUGAAAAUCUCAAAGGAGAUGAUUUGAGCAGUAGAUAUAACUUUAGUACAGUUCGUGGUUUCCUAUCGAUUGAAGCUGAUUCUAGAAGUGCUAGUGAAGUGAUUAUUAAAUUUUUGUUUCAAAGUACAAAAUGUUUCAAUACCAAUAGUUUAUUUUUAAUAAUGGAGGAAAAUAUUAAACCAAAUAUUCCAGCAGGUGUUGCAAGAACAUCGGUAUUGAUUGCAGGUGGUAGAGCUUUGGUAACCAAUUCAUUCAUAAACGAACAAUUGAAGAUCUCUGAGAAGCUCGACGAAUCAUUGAUUCCAUACUAUGAGAAUGUCUACAAGAAAGAACCUUUUUACUCAAAUGUUAUCACUGAGAAAAUUGCAAGUUUUGACCCGUAUGCCUAUUUCUUUUGUUGUACAAAAGAAUCAACUGAAUUUCUCUUGGACCAGACCGAAGAAUUCUUAAACAUGAUUCCCACUAAAUUUGCAAGAAAUAAGUUGGUAAAAUAUUUGUUCUCAAAGAAAGGUUUAGAGUUCUCAACUAUUGAAGAGUCAAUGAAAUAUUGUAUUGAACAAUGCACACCAAUCCAAACUUAUAGUAUAGUGUAUAUGGAUUCAUUGACUAUCAGAAUCGCUCUCAGAAAUAUUUUAAUUGAUGACUUUUUUAUGAAAAAUAUUAAAGACACUUCAACUCAACAAUAUGUAAUCUUGGGAGCAGGUCUUGAUACACGUGCUCUAAGAAUGCCAUUUGCAGAAGGUUCAACCGUUUGGGAAGUUGAUUUCCCACACACUUUCCAAUUCAAAGAGAUGGUUCUGAAUGAAGCGGUCAAAGUGAUUCCACCAAUUUCCAAAGCAAAGCUUCAUCGUGUAGGAAGCAAUGUCUUGGAAACCAAACAAUGGAUUUCUAGUUUCGAAGAAACUGGAUUCGACAAAACUAAACCUACCGUUUGGCUUUUGGAAGGUCUUGUCAUGUAUUUGACUGACGAAGAGAUCGCUAUGUUGUGUCAAGAGAUAUCAAUGAUUUCAGCAAGUGGAUCAUCUAUGGUUAUUCAAACUUUGGGUAAACAAGGAUUCAUGAGCAAAAUAAUGUCGUCAUUGGUGCCAACACCUUUGAGAGAUGAAUUCAAAUCAGAAUCUGACAAACCAUGUAAUUAUAUUAGUAAAUGUGGAUUUACCAACAAAAUUGAAAAUCUUACUGAAAAUGAUUUAUGCAAAAGAUAUCACUUUGAAUUCGCUCGUUCUUUCACAUCUAUGGAUAGUGAUUCUGUCAUUGGGGUUUUAAUUCCCCCUUCAUAUCUUCCAAAAUGUGUUACUGUAAGUUAA